ACUGGGAAAACACGGGACGGGGCGCUUGGAUUGAGGGAAAAAACUGAUGAGUAAAGAAUUUGGGCGUGUGAUGAUGUAGGGGAGUGGUGGUGGUGAUGGUGGUGGUGGUGAUCGUGGAGUGGUCUGGUGUGAGGCUGUCAGUGAGGCAAGGCGUGUAUCCAGUCUGUCCUCCGCCUCACCACACCCUUUCUGCUCCCUCGUGAUGGCCCAGUGACUCAGCUCGCUUUUCGAAGGCCCUGGAGAUAAAACCGCAGCCGCCUGUCCGCCUGUAGAAGCCUUGUGGUGUUGGUAGUGAGUGAGGAUAGCCACGCCCGGCCCACCUCGGCGUGUGGCGGUGUGGUGUGGCUGUGGUGUGUACGUAGUAAGGAGGAACCUGACCAUCGACUUUUUUGGGACUUUCGUGAGUGUGGCGCCGCCGUGUAGCGAGAGAGAGGCAUGACAGCCAUGGAGAUUGAACAAGGUGUUGGACAUGCAUCUGAAGGAAAGCAACGUUACUCAGGGCGAUACCUGCCUGCUGAAUCCCAGCGACUCGGCAACUGGUCCCAAGGCAACACAGCAGCUGCCCAACAAUAACACUAAUAACAACAACACCAACGCCCCUGCUGAGGAUAACAAGCGGGAGCAGGAAGUGACCGCAGCAGCCCUCGUCACCGCCAACAAGAACAACAACAACACCGCCAAGAGUUUCAAUAUCCCUUCCUCCAAGACUUCGCAGUCUCACCUGAUCAUUAAUACAGGCUCUGCAGCGAAUGGCGGUGUUCUAGUUGACUUGAACCAUGGCAUGACCACUUCGCUCUCCUUCUCCUCCCUGCCAGAUCUCUCAGAAAACGGGAGUUGUAGCAGUGACCGGUUACAUCACCCUUCCAUCUCCUCGGGCGUCCACCGUCCCACUCGCCUUCCAGUUUCCUCUUCCCUCGGCUCUCUCUCGUCCAUUGAUAACGAUGAGUCUGAUCUAGAGUCGUUCAGUUCACUGGAGGUAGACGUGACUCGCGGGCCAGACACUCCAGACCCUCGUGCUGUGAAAGACAGAAAUUUGCUAGACUUUGAGGCUCUCGGUUCAUUGUGGCAGAGGCCGAACUGGAAGACUGCAGACUGUGACCCUUUGCUGCGUCCCACCAACGACCUCAGCCCUCACGCCCACGGCCUCUGCACCAACAAUGUGAAUGAGCUGAGUGAGUGUGGAGCCUUUGUGAAGAGUUUUUAUGAUAAACCCAAACUGCGGUUAGAGAGUGAGGCGGUGUUGGCCAAUGAUCCUGGAGAUGACAAUGGCAACCUGAGGUGGUGUGCAGCCAGCAGCGGCAACAGUCCAGUGCAGGAGUUGUGUGACUCCCUCGCCGCCUCCCCGGACUACGCCUCCGAGGACGAGAACCCGUCUGACAUUGAGCAGAAGAUGGCAGAGACCAAGGUGAAGAUGAACGACGCCAUCUUGUCCAAUGGGAAGGAGGAGCUGCAGCUGCACGGGAAGAAGCUGAAGCACUACAUCAAACACCGAGAGUUGCGGGAGUCUUGCGGCGCCGCCAGCAGCGUCGUGCUGGCCAACAACAACAACAACAAUAAUAACAACAGCCUCAAGCAGCAGCCAGGCACCCUAAAACUGAGCGACACAGGCGUGGACGACGACAAUCGGUACCGCGCCGUGCUCGAGAGUCCCAUCGUGGACGCCUACGAGAAGGAGUGUCUCGACGUGCCGGAGAAGAUGGUGCGCGAGCUGGAGACGCACACAAAGGAGGGCGGCAGCGCCGAUGACUUCAUCCCCUGCAAGAAAGAAAAGAUGGAGAUCAACGAACUUCACAAAAAGUGCCGCAGCGUGGAAGGUGCCGCGGACGGUGCCGCCAACCCGCAGCCCCAGCCUACGCCUUCCCACUGCCCCAUCAGGAGGGUGGACGCAGGCGCUAAUAAAGAAAACUCUGCUCCAAACGUCACUGAUGUAGACAAACCCCGCGGGCCGCGUGUCAGUUACUGCGGCGUGGAGGCGGCGGCCCUGCGGCGAGACAGCCCCCAGCGGAGACGAGACCGGGUGGCGCACAGGAGGUCGGUACCGCAAGCUUCCCCUAGUCCAGCCGCCAGGGAGAGAGCCAAGCUGGGUUCCCCCGAUGGUGGAGAGUUCGAUGUUUACACCAUGGAGGCCGCGAUGCCCAAGAUUGACUGGGACACCAUCGAGGCACAUCUUCGGGCCACCAAGGAGGAGGAGAGGAGGCGUCGCAAUGACCGGGAGGAAAUUCGCCGCAAGCUUGCCAUGGGACUAGAUGAGGACCAGACCACUGACCGGCCGCACCGCAAGCCUUCACUACAUUCCCGACUCCAGAGUGGCAUGAACCUGCAGAUCUGUUUUAUGAAUGAGACUGCAAGUGACUGUGAGAGUCAGUGCUCAGACACAGAGAGCACACAGGACAGAGAGGUAGACUCGGAGCAAGUAUCUACCACCUCUGCAAACAGCAAGUGUUCUACGCCUCACAGUGGCAGGAACAGUUCCUCUCAAUCUGAAGCUGACUUACGAGAGGAAAACUUCUUUGCUCGUCAGGCACAACUACAGCAGGAAGCUCGCUUGGCAUUGGCCCAGGCGAAGGAAAUGGCUCGGAUGCAGAUGGAGAUUGAAAAGCAAAGCAGGAAGAAAAGCCCCAUAGCUGAAGUUGUGAGAGCAAGUUUCAACAAGAUUGGUGUUCCAUUUCCGGAUAGCAAGAGGAGGAUCAGCCGCCAGAUCUUGACAGACAUGAAUGUGGCACAGCUACAGGUUAUUGUCAAUGACCUUCACACACAGAUUGAAAGUUUAAAUGAAGACCUUGUUACAUUCCUUAUGGAGAGAGACGACCUCCACAUGGAGCAGGACUCUAUGCUGGUGGACAUUGAGGAUCUGACUAAACACAUAGGUGCAAAGGAACUAAGUCUGCGAGGAGAUAGCAAAGAUGGUAGUAUCAAGAGUCUAAGUGUCCUCACACCACCCACAAAAACCAAGACUAAUUCCAUGAGGCUAAAAGGCAGUUCGAAGAAGUGAUCCACCAGCCAGAUGUAUUGAUUGCCCGCUGACAAGUGCUGGAACAUGGAGAGUGUUCAGUAUGUUUUCAGUUUUCUUUUGGGGAGAGAGAGAGAGAGAGAGAGAGAGAGAGAGAGAGAGAGAGAGAGAGAGAGAGAGAGAGAGAGAGAGAGAGAGAGAGAGAGAGAGAGAGAGAGAGAAUGAAUAAGUAGGUAAAUAAAUACUCAUCUGUCAUUGGUUGAUAUAUUUUUAGCAGCAAAAGAACAGUUUAAUUUGACAUAGUAAGUUACCAUUCUAUACUUUGAGUUCACAAAAAAAUACAAGUACUCACACAGAAAAUGUAAUUCCCAAUUAUCUUUGAAUUAUUAAUAGUGAAUGACUGAUAAAAAUGGUCUUAUCUUUGGUGUCACCUUGUUCAAGAUUUGUCAAGAUUUGUUGUGAGGGAAAACCGUUGAUACAUUUUCAAUAAUAACAGUUUCCUUUCAGUAUCUGUAAAACAUACUGCAUAUCUUUUAUAAAUGGCCUGUAAUAUGCCUUUAACUUUAACUGUUACUCAUUUCCCGGCUACUUAGAAAUUAAUGAGCACUGACUAACUAUCCGAGGCAUUAUUUUUAAAAAAUUUCACUAAGGUAAUUUAAUGUAUUAAGAUUUUUUCUUUGAAUUCACAACUUUUGCUGUUGGCGGUGUCUUUCAGAAUGAUAUUUUAAGACUUUCACCACAACAUUUUAUUAAGGUUGAGGAGAAGCCAUGGCAGUUUGAGGGUAAGCAAUGGAGCACAGGUUAUGUUCUGUGAUAGAAGGGUUGGUGUAUAGCAUAAGGAAGGGGCCAAAGAACAAGGAAGCUAGCGAGGCAGCAACACACACAGUAUGUGUUAUCCACUGCUUAUGUAUAAAUCAAUUGUCGCUGCUGAUGUAACCUUUCAUUAUAUGUGUAUGUUAGUAAAAUCAGAAUAACGGAGCUGGAGUAUUUUCUGCAGAAUUAAUGGAAGUGAAUGUAUGUAUCACUAUACCAGAUUCAUAGCAUCAGAUGAAUGGUUAAGGCAAACUCUUAGCAACAAAAUACUGGCAGGUGUGAUGUGUCCUUGAAUCUCCUCAUUAAAGUAGCUAUGUGAACUCCAGGCCAAUAUUAGUUCUCAUGCAUAGUAUAUACCAGUAAAAUAUGUCAUGUUACCACUUUAAUAGAAGCUAAGAAUUGUGUGUAGCUGAACUGGUAACAAAAACCAGUAUUGAUAAAUACUACUAGUAUGUUUAACUUGAAUUAUGACUCAUGGUUUUCUUUACUGUACAACCUCCUAUAUUAAAUGUAAAAGGUAUAAUAACUUUACAACUUGGUCUCCAGGUUACUGUGACUUCAAAAAUUUACAGCAUCUAGAGACUUGCAUCUGUCCAUUAAUUAUACUUUUAAGAACUGCUAGAUUGUAUUCCUUUAGUGGGACCUGCAGGUAACUAGAUCAUAGAGAGUUCAGGUUGGGUUAGGUUAGAUUAAGUUACCUCACCUAUCCUAACUUAACCUAACUUAAGUAGAUCAUAGAUAGUUCAGAUGAUUAAUCUAUGAAUCAUAGAAUUGUGUAUAUUACAUGCAGAAUUAUACAUACCUAUUUAUUUUCUUCUUUUGUAAAUAAUUUUGCAGAUGGAUAUUAUUUAUGAUGUCAAAGUACCAUGUGAGUAAGGUUCAGUGUUCUCCAUUAUUUUAUCAGCACAAAGAUGCUAUUGUUCUCAAGACAAUAUUAACCUCCGGGACUGCAUUCUGAAGCGUUUUGGGAUCUUAUCUUGACUACUUUUAACAGGCUGUAGUGGAAGAUAAUGGGGCUUUCAAGGAUGUUUUCAUGAUUUUUAGUGAUAGUUUAAUUAGCAUUCUUCAUCAUCAAUGGGGAAAACAUCCAUGAGAACCCAGCUAAUCAUCUCUAUGCCCUUUGAAAAUAGUCCUGAUGAAAGAACAAAGUGUUUCUCAAUAUGGGCCCUGGCUUCCUGGUUACUGCAAUGUGUGUGUGGCUUGAAGAUUGGAUUACUUUAACAGCAGUAGACUCUUGAAGAGUUUUCCUGCAUGUAAUGAGUGAUUGUCAUGUGGUGAUAAAUUGCUUCAUCCUUGAAUUGUAGCAAACAGCUUUUCAUGCAUAUCUCUGCAUACUGUAAAUAUAUUUGAAAUAGUAAGACAAAGUUAUCAUGUCAAAGUGAUAAAUAUCCAUUUGCCCAAAGUAGUGAUGUCACUUCUUACAGAAAAAUGUUUGUGGCAACUAUCUUCAUCCAUCCUGUCCCCAGUUCUUGAUUAUUGUGGAAUUCUUUAAUGUUAAGCAGUUCAUAAAUACAUACAUUUAUUUAUGUUUGAUCUAUAGACAUGAAGUUUGUAAGACUUUUGACAUCACUUCUUGGGACAAGUGUACAUGAACACAGUGAGGCAAUCUGGGAACUCACCCCAAUGUCGGACUUCAUGCAUCUGAAGACAAUCUGACACCUGUAACUCCAACUUACCUGUAAUUGACCACACAUGGGAGCAGAGCUCUUGAAAAGCCUUUGAUGUUGUCAGUGCUUUAAUGGUGUACCUACAUUUUUUUCUCUUGAAUAUAAAGGUUGUGGAUUGUGAGUGAGUGCAGUUGUAUUUUUAUCUUCUGUUAUGUAUGUAAAUUACCUAAAUAUUUACUUAGCUCACAUAGAUGCAGAAGACAAUGCAGUAACUCCACUUACAAUUUGUUGUUUAUCCUUGUAUAUUAAUAGUUGGCCAUACCAUAUAGUUCUGACUAUAGGCAGCCAUACUGGUAGUUUCUGACUCACAGAGGUCCGACUUAGGGGGAUCCCAUGACAGUAACAAAGUAACAAGUGGUGUGGCGGUGCUGUUAUUGGCAGUGAGACAUGCGUGAAGGUGUGGAGUGAGUGAGUGUGAGACAAGUAACAGGAAUCAGAGCAGAAGGGAAUGAAUGCAGUGUCACAAGAGUCCGUGUAACCUUUUCAGAAAAUUUUUGCAUGUUCAGCGGAAAGUGCGGCUGUUUCAGUCUUUAUUUUCUGUUCGUCACUAUCAUUAAUUGUUACUAAGAAGUGUGUCUUUGUACUCUUGUUUCUUUUGACAGAUGUUAUAUGUUUGAGCCCAGUCUUCCACAGAGAGUACAAGUAGUAGGUGAUGUUGCAGUGAUUAUUUAUUCACUUUUAUUAUUAUUAUCAUUAUCAUUAUAUCUUUUAAUUAUGUACAUUAAUUACCAAAGCCUUUUAUUGCCAAUCUUGUGUGGGUGCAUGGGAGGGGAUGCAAAUGGUCCUGAUUAGCCAACCAUUCUGUCUUCUGCUAAAGUGGGCGUGUCUUGUCCAAUUGGAGGCACAGGUUCUCACUCUAGUGUUGCUUUAUAGUGAGGCAGUCUCUCAAGGCCUUACUGUUCACUUAACUAUCUAUGUACUUGCUGGUGAUAUGCAAUUGUAAUAUGUAUCAAUAUUAGUAAUUCAUAAUCAUUUAUCAGUGUGCUCUUUGAAUGCUGUAUUUUGUAAUGGCUAAUUAUUAUUAUUAUUAUUAUUAUUAUUAUUAUUAUUAUUAUUAUUAUUAUUAUUAUUAUUAUUAUUAUUAUUAUUAUUAUUAUUAUAGUAACUGUUACCUCCAUGAUAUUAUUCUGCUAGAAGUGUGAGUUACAUCUUGCAGCAGAGUAAAAUGGUGACACUUGGAAGAAAGUCUUGUUAAUUAAUGUUGGUUGCGCUGUUGGGGAAGAGCGAACGUACUCCAUUGCAUUGUGAAGUAGCAUUAUAAUUAUUGAGUUCUGAAGGUAGCUUUGCUUGGUCUCUGACUUUACUCCUGUGAGAAGCAGCUUCAAUGAUUUUUUUUUUUAUUUGUUGUAAGAUAACAGUUAUUUUGAGUAAUGAUUGGUUUGGAAUUGACCCCAGCAGUCCAGGGUCAGCUGAAAUUCCAUUCCUGCUCAGUCCUGAUGCUUUCAUGUGUACCUUUCUUCAACUCUUUGGUUGCAGACAAGAUUGCUGUACAUAUUUGUUCACGUAAAAGUUCGCCCCAAAAUAA